CUCUGGAUCUUGGCACGAUCGGAACCUCCCCCUGCAUCGCGCCACAGACGCGGCCAGCGCUGCAGUCACCAAUUCGUCAAUGGGAUAAUCAGGCUACGGACUUUUUGGCUCCUGCGUAAAACGUUGAACAUUUGAAUUUCUUUGAACAUUUUUCCAUACAAUUCAGCUUCGCAGUCCAUCAAGUUAAUUUACUCUUUUUUUCUGAAAUUACACUUAUGACUGAUAAGUAUGGGUUCAACGCGUGGUAUGCUGUGGGGAGACAUCGUUAUGGUCCUCAUGUUCCUAUGUGAUGGUUCCUCAGGACUCUACUUCCCCCAGAACAUAUACUUUGAGAACAUUUAUGUAGGCCAGCCAGCAGGGAUGCCAGUGCUGCAGGUGCACGCCUUGCGGGAGAGACCUUCAGAGCGGCCCUACUUCUAUAUGUGCUCAAAGAAUCCUUACGCAGCAUGGUUCCACAUUGACCCGUUCUCGGGAAUCCUCUAUAUGAACAAAACUCUGGAAUGGACUGAUUUUGACACUAAAUCCAGCAGAUUGUAUGGGCACACAAGGAAGUUGAGCCUGAAAGUGGCAGCUGCUACCGAGUCUCAGAAAGCAUUGUGCACUGACCAUCGUAAAGUAGAGGUCGCCCUUACAUUCGUCAAUGCCACAGCACCCUCCUGUGGCCAAUUGCAGCUGGAAAAACUCUGCUUCCCUGAUCGAGACAUAAACCCCCAUAUCAAAGAGAACUGCAUGCCAGGACCUCUGCGACAGCUUCGCCGCUUUACCUAUGCCUUCCUGUGUCCAAACUACACCAUCAGCUAUCGGGUUAAAUCAGACACUCCGGUGCCCUUUGCGCUGAAUGACUCCACCUCAGAGCUGGUGGUGGUGGCUCCCGUGGACCGUGAGGAGAAGGAAGCCUACCCCGUGAUAAUCGUGUGCAUGGUGCAGGUGGAGAAGACAUUGCACACGCUAUUCACACCACUUCAUAUCACUGUCUACGACGAGGACGACAACCCCCCCUACGUGAAUGGCACAGACACCGUGGAUGUGCUCAUAGAGUUCAGCCGCAGUGAGGGCACAGUACUUGGCAGUUUGUAUGUUUAUGACAGAGACACAACCCCCAUCUUUCCUGAGGAUCAGACUCAGAACAAGUUUGUAGGGACACUAAUGACUAAUGACUCCUGGAUCAAAGACAUGUUUACCAUUCAACACACGUUCAGGGAAGAGAAGGCCAUCUUCGACAAUGUGCGGGGAACAGUCCAUGAGUACAAGUUGAGUCUGAGCACGAACGUGUCAGUGGAGGACAAGCGCUCUUUCCAGUUGGCCUACCUGGUCAAUGACACCACGUACCCUGGCACCGAAGGAACCGUGAUGCUGCAUUUCAAUGUCACCGUUCUGCCCGUUACUAUUCACUUCAGCAAUAUCACCUAUUUUUUCGUGCUCUCUCGGAAAGCCACGGCCUACUCCCAGAUUGGAAAAGUAUGUGUGGACAAUUGCCUGAAGUUCAAGGGUAUUGAUAUUGCAUACUGGUUGGAGAUGGGUGACAGGAGCGUCCCUGAGGACGUGCAGCCAUGCUACGCUGCGGUCAGCGUGGCGCGGAGUCAGGAGGACAUGUCCGGGCUUCUCUAUGUAAACGACACAGCGCCGUUUGCCAGGCCUGAGUGCCAGGAGUUGCAGUACGUGCUUGUCGCACAGGAGCAGCAGAAACAGUUCCAAGCCAAGACCCAGCUGCUCAUCAUACUUGAAGGCAAAGCGGAGGUGCUGAACGUGGAGGGGCACCGCACACUGGCCUGCGCAGAGAAGAGACAACGUGGUGAGUGCGAGACAUUCAGAGGCCUGGGAGCGCCCACUGGGAGAUGUCAGUGGAGACAAGACACAUUCAGCACAGGGAUAUCAGAAACAUACUCUACUUGCUCUCCAGACCUUCACACUUGUCCAGAUGGCAACUGUGAUGUGAUUGAAAGCAAAAAUAUAUCCAUAUGUCCUCAGGAUUGCACCCGUGAGCCGAUCACUGGGGGCCAUUACAGAGGUCUGAUGCUUGGCAUUAAAGCAGGAUAUGGGAUGUGCUAUUGCUACUCUGAGAAAUGCUUCUGUGAACAGAAUGAUAUAGAAGAGGCAAUAUGCGAUGAAAUGUGUAAGACCAUCAUUGCCACUGCGGUCCUUCUCUCCUUCAUCGUCUCCAUCCUCCUCUCCUCCUACUUUAUUCACCGUUAUCACAAGAACACUCCCAAGCCCCCCAUCUCUUCAGCUGAGAUGACUUUCCGCAGGCCUGCUCAGUCCUACCCUAUCAGUUACUCUGCCAACAAUGUUCGGCGAAGUUCUAUGGACUCUGUGGAGAAUCAGGUGGCCAUUGACACCUUCAAAAUACCUGAGGAUCCAAAAUGGGAAUUCCCACGAAAGAACCUAGUUUUAGGUAAAACUCUUGGAGAGGGAGAGUUUGGGAAGGUUGUGAAGGCAACAGCAUUCCGACUCAAAGGAAAGGCAGGCUACACUACAGUGGCUGUUAAAAUGUUGAAAGAAAAUGCGUCUCCCAGUGAACUUCGUGACCUUUUGUCAGAAUUCACCUUGCUAAAGCAGGUCAACCACCCACAUGUAAUAAAAAUGUAUGGAGCAUGUAGCCAAGACGGCCCGCUCUACCUAAUUGUUGAAUAUGCCAAGUACGGAUCACUGCGAAACUUCCUGAGAGAGAGCCGAAAGGUGGGACCCAGCUACUUGGGCAGUGAUGCCAACCGUAACUCCAGCUACCUGGAGGAUCCAGAUGAGAGAGCUCUCACUAUGGGAGACCUUAUCUCCUUCGCCUGGCAAAUCUCCAGAGGAAUGCAGUACCUGGCUGAAAUGAAGCUUGUUCAUAGAGAUCUUGCUGCAAGGAAUGUUCUGGUAGCAGAGGGGAGGAAAAUGAAGAUAUCAGACUUCGGUUUGUCUCGGGAUGUCUAUGAGGAGGAUUCCUACGUGAAGAGAAGCAAGGGUCGUAUUCCUGUCAAAUGGAUGGCUAUUGAGUCCUUGUUUGACCAUAUAUAUACCACACAAAGUGAUGUCUGGUCAUUUGGUGUGCUGUUGUGGGAAAUUGUGACCCUGGGUGGAAACCCUUACCCAGGCAUUGCUCCUGAGCGACUUUUCAACCUCCUGAAGACAGGCUACAGAAUGGAGAGACCCGAGAACUGCACUGAAGAAAUGUAUAGUCUGAUGCUUCGCUGCUGGAAGCAAGAAGCAGAUAAGAGGCCCACCUUUUCAGAGAUCAGCAAAGAGCUGGAGAGGAUGAUGGUGAAAAGCAGAGACUAUCUGGAUCUUGCAGCCUCCACGCCUGCAGACGCCCUGCUUUAUGAUGACACCCUCUCUGAAGAAGACACUCCCCUAGUGGACUGUAAUAACGCCCCUCUCCCUCGAACCCUUCCCUCCACUUGGAUUGAAAACAAGCUCUAUGGUAGAAUCUCCCAUGCAUUUACUCGAUUCUAAAACAAUCAAAAAUAAGAUCUGUUUGUCUUUAAAUGGGUUCUAUAGGGAGGGAGUGGUGUGACUGUGAUAAUGGCAUGAUAGCCAGAGAAUCCUGAAAGAUGCCCAGAUUUUAAGAUGAGUUAAUCCUAUAGCGCGUGGAGUAAAUGAUCAGAUAUCUGAUUUUGGACCUGCUUCCGAUGUACAUGAACAACUUGUUCAAAUUACUUAAUUUUUUAAAGGCCUUCUUAAGAUUGCGCAUUACUAUUUAUUACAGCCUACAUUUUGUAUAAUUGUUUCAGAUGUAUUACAAGAUGAUUGUUUUGUAUGUUCUGCACUACUUUGUUAUUUAUUGUUUAGGUUUACAUUUGAAACAGGUCCCGUCUAACUCAAUCUUGAGCUAUUUGGUAUGAAUCAUAUACUGAUGUUCCCUGUAAUAUCAUUAACAUAUUACAGAAACGAAGAGUUGAUAGUAGCUGAACAGAGAAGCAGUAAGGCUUUUGAAUUAAACUCUUCCAUUAGGCAUGCAUAUGCAACUUAAGAUCCUAGAUGCUGUGCACAAAUCUAGUACGUAGCCCUUUAGUGUAUGUAGCAAUAAAAUGGCUAUCUGUAAGUCAAUUUCUAUGCAGCCAUCCUGAGGUCAUGUCAGACUAAGAAAGUGCAAAAAAGUAUUCCACUAGAAAAUUUCCAUUGAAUUAUAUGCUAUUUUAUGAACAACAAGUAUCAACAAGGAUCACUUAGGACCUAAGACUAAUAAUGCCUUCAUACUGGGUUAUUGACAUGAAUGUGAAUACAUUCCAUAUGAAUAUUGGGAACAGAAAUAACUUCCCUGUAUGCCUUCCAUUACAUAUUUUAUCAGAAAAUUCCAUUUUGUCAACAUUUAAUACUUGUUCAAAAUGAACAACAAAUCAGAGUUUCUUUUGAGAGCCUUACUGUCUGCACUCUUCACCUUUUUCCUUCAGUGCAGAAAAAAUGAUAUGUUUUCAUUUUUAGGCAUGUCAUACCCGAACUGGCCUGAGAAGAGCCCGAUACCACUCAACAGACUUGAUGCCACUAACCCAGUCUUUACAAGAUAUGCCAAUGAUAG